UUAACAACUAAUUUGUUUUCGAGAACGACAACUUUAUAAUAAAUGUAACAUUAUUCUUAAACGUCUUCGUUAAAAAUGGGCAAACUGAAAAGCUGCAUAAUGGAUCUCAUUGCUAGGCAAUAUUAAAUUGACCACAACAUUUUCACUGGUCAGUGGCCCUCAUUUGUUAGUAGGCCGUCAUUUAAAAACAAGUUAAAGUUGUCGAUAGAUGGACUAGAUGGAAUAAAUAUAAGCUUUGGAUUGCACAUAAAAAUGAAAAAAAUCAAAGCUAAGGCCAGUUCUUUACCGAUUUUUAAUGGGCGAAUAUCCGAUUCCUCAGCAUCAAGUAAUUCUUCCGUGAAUGCCUUGUCAUCGAGGUCAAAAAAGAGGGCCACUUUUAACGGAGUGAUGCCGCCCAAAAUUUUCACCAUAUCCAAUUCUUCAUCUUCGGUAUUAGCAUUAUUGAGAGACGAAACUCUAAAUAAAAAUGGAGGACCUGAAUUUGGUGAUAGAUCGAUUAUGGGUCAUAUCACCAAGCCACCUGAAGGCAUCAGUUCUUCAAAUACAGUUGUUGAUGGGCUGAGUAAUUAUGAAAAAAUUAGAGUGGUUGGACAAGGCUCAUUUGGAGUGGCAAUAUUAUAUCGACGCAAAUUUGAUAAUCAUCACGUUGUUUUCAAGCAAAUCAAUUUAGCAGACUUGACCCCAUCCGAACGUGAUUUGGCUAUGAAUGAAGUUGAAGUCUUUUCUAAGCUCCACCAUCCGAAUAUAAUUAGUUACUUGGGUAGCUUCAUUAGAAACAACACGUUGCUAAUUGAAAUGGAAUUCGCGGAUGGUGGCACCCUGGCUCAAGUUAUAGCGGACCGUCUGUUGAAAGAUUAUUUUCCCGAACGUUAUAUCGUUGCAGUUUUUGAGCAGAUUUCAAGUGCCAUUAAUUACAUGCAUUCUGAAAAUAUUUUACAUCGAGAUUUGAAAACUGCAAAUGUGUUUUUGAAUAAACGAGGAAUAGUAAAAAUCGGAGACUUUGGCAUAUCAAAAAUUAUGAAUACGAAAGUUUUGGCACAAACGGUACUAGGAACACCAUAUUACUUCAGCCCAGAGAUGUGCGAGGGUAAGGAGUAUGACCAUAAAAGCGAUAUAUGGGCACUAGGUUGUAUACUUGGUGAAAUGUGUUGCCUAAAGAAAAGCUUUGCGGCCUCAAAUCUCUCCCAAUUGGUUUCCAAGAUAAUGGCGGGUAACUAUACCACCAUACCGACGGGCUAUUCUUCGGGAUUACGCAGUCUCCUAGAUAAUCUCUUGCAAGUUGAUGCUUCACUUCGUCCAAAGGCCUCGGAGAUAUUGGAGUAUUGGAUUCCGCUAAUAUUUAGAAAUAUGGGAAAACAUAAGGGUUAUUCCUAUAAUGACGAUAUACUUGCAAUGAAUCCCAUUUCAAAUAUGGGUACUGAAUUACAACCUCCCAAGGAGGACAUGGAGCUCAGUUUUUGUUUGGAGCCAGACAAUUCUGAGCGAGCAUUGACCGAGUUCCCAACCGGACACACCGAAAGGGAAGCUAUGAAUGCGGAAACCGCCAUACCGAAUGAAAUAAUUUAUAAGCGAUCCGUAUUAUACCAAUUAAAGGCAUUUGGCAACAGCUUCAGCAUGAAUCCCAUACAAUUACCUCCUAAAGCUCGCAUACGCUCAGUCGCUGCAAGUGACUCACAUUUUGUGGUUGCUAAUGAUGAUGGUUCGGUUUAUGCGUGGGGGGAGGGUAUACACGGACAACUCGGUUCAUCAUCGCUUGAAGGAUGGAAACAUUAUCCCAGUAGAAUGGAAAGUAUUCGAAACCAUUACAUUAUAAGCGCAUGCGUUGGCGAUGGCUUCAGUAUUCUAUUAACUCAAUCCGGUACGGUUCUCAGUUGUGGUGAUAACUCUAAGUAUGCAUUAGGACAUGACGAAAACAAGUUAUAUCAUACUCCAAAAACUGUAUCUAAGCUACAGGACAUACAAAUAGAGAAAAUAGCGGCCGGUACUGAGCAUGUGCUUGCUUUAAGCACCGAUGGCUCGAUCUACGUUUGGGGUACCAGCACGCAAGGAGCCCUCGGUUUGGGUAAAUUUCAAACACAACAAAAAAUCCCACAAAAGGUUCUACUGCCACAUAUGAAUGGAAAAGCUGAGAAAAUCAUUUGCGGUCCAAAUAUUUCAGCAGUUCUUUUUAAAAACGGAGACUUGUAUGCCUGUGGCUGCAACAAAUACAAGAAGUUGGGGUUUAAAAAAAGCAACAUAACAGCAUUCAAAAAAUUACAACUGCCCCAUAAAGUUCUUUCGGCAAGCUUCUCUUCUAUGCAUACCGUUUUGUUAGUGGAACACGGUAGGAUCUACACGAUGGGUCGGAAUUCAGAAGGACAACUGGGAGUAGGGCACACAGAUGGUGUUGAGCGGCCCACAUUGGUAGAAUUUCUUACGGAUCGUACCAUUGUAAAUUGCAAAUGCAAUGAUCAAGGCACAAUAGUUACCUCUAAGGAUAAUUUCAUUACCUUUUGGGGAACAAGAAAUGGCAUACCAGCCUUUGGGGAGAGUAACUUCUUUAAGUUGCAUGGUCAUAACCAAAACUCUACUAAUACCGAUGUCAACAACAGCACCGUGGCCUUUACUAAUUUCCUUGCCUCGAUUUAUAAAUCUGAGCUACUUUUAGAACCUGUAGAUCUAUUGUCUUUGUAUGCAUCCAAGGAGCAGCGUGAAAAAGGCUACAAUAUUGAAGUCAGCAAUAUAUAUCUCCUGUCGCACAGUGUUUUAGUGUUGGUGGAUACGACGACGCCGCUGGUAUCCUCUCUGGAAGAUGUGCAGUAAUGUACGAUCAAUGAUAUAACAAUAAUUUAAUUACAUUUUGUAUUAAUGUAAUCUGUUUUAUUUUUAAUCCAAAUUCACUUAAAUAUAAAUGACAAAUUUAUAGCAUAUUUUUGAAAUACGAGAAAAGGGAGCACUAAAAACUUAUGAUCAAAAAUAAUUACAAAAUGACGUUCAGGCAUUAUUUUCUCAAUAAUUACACAUAUUGAUGUUGAAUCUAGCACAUCUCUCCUGUAGUUUUCUUGAAAUGUGGGAAUAUUUGUCGUGAAACCUAAAAAUUAAACUGCUAAAUUUUUAGCAUAACUCAUCACUUGUCAUAUUUACUAAUUCAGAAAAAUGUUUUUAAAACAUUGAACAUGUAUAGCGUUUUGUUAUCUUGUCGAAUACAAAUGCUU